AUGGACCUUCCGUAUGUGAAUGGCAGCAACGGUGGCAACGGCAAUGCAGUCGGCAGUGUCGCCAAUAUCGGGCUCAACCAGGAAGUGAACGACGUCGACAUCUUGAUCGACCGCCUCUGCCUCGGGUCUAGCGCGAUGCCCGCGUCGGAGUUCGUCGCCAUUGACGACAACCGGCCGACGUACGCCGAGCCGGGCGAGGACACGCUCACGACCGAGCCGCAGGCGGCGCCGUCUGGCGAUUCGUGGGAGGCCCCAGCAACGAUGCAAGCUAUCUACGAAGACAACUAUUUGCCUCUACUGCUGCGGCCGACCUCGUUGGUCUGGAGUCGGUCGGUGCGGCGUCUACCCCUAGUGGGAAGCGUCGCUCUGGCAAGGGCAAGGGGGGCAGGGGCGCUGGGGGAGCUAGCGGGGCCGGUGGAGGCGGUGGUGGAGGCAGUGGAGGGGGUGGGGGUGGUGGUGGGAGUGGUGGCGGGGGUGGAGGUGUCGGCAGCGACAGUGGAGGCGGAGGCGGCGGCGGCGGUGGCGGUGGGAGCGGAGGUGGUGGAGGUGGCGGAGGUGGAGGAGGCGGUGGCGGAGGAGGAGGAGGAGGAGGAGGUCGUGGCUCUUUGCAGAGGAGUGGCUCCUGUGGUGGUCAGCGCCAGCAGCAGCAGCGCAGUCCGGAGACCCUGUCCCCUCAGCAGCUCCGUGAGUGGGCAGGGGUAG